CCAAAAUGGAGCGGCAUCCUGUGAUGAGCCCACCACUACGUUGCGCAACCUUAUUGCCUGCAACUCUCGCCCACCUUAACCCUCUGCACCCUACCCUCAUCGCAUUCCCAAUCGAAUCCAAUCCCAAUCCCAAUUCCUCGUCUCCGUCUAAACCCCAAACCCUAACCUAACCCCAACCCCACAUGGAAUCCCGCCGCGUCCCCCGCACCGUCAGCGACCCCAAGGUCCGCCAGGUCGGAUUCUUUGCUCCGGCGGCUCCGCCCGACCGCUCUCAGUCCGGUCCCCCCGACCCCACCUCGCCGCCGCCGCCUGUUUCCGACAUUUCCCCCUCCGGCAACUCCUUGUCCCCCGUCAUGAUCCCGCCUCCUCGCCACCUCUCCACCGACCUCCCCCGCCACUUCCCUCACCCACCGCCGCCGCUCUCCCCGCUCCGCGCCACCCGCGCCAAUGACACUUCGAUUCCGGUCGGUAGUUACAACCCUUCGGAGUUCUCCACCCCUUCAGGUAUCACAGAUUUCUCGGAGGAUCAGCUGUCUCCGCGGUGGAGGCGGAAGAGUAGUUCUGGGAAAUUCGCUACGUCGUUGCCGUCGGGUGGAUUCCGUAUGGCGGCUGCUAAGCAGACUAGUAUCGCGGAUUCGAAACCUGGCGUGGCAGAUGGAGGGGCAAAUGUGGAAGUGCAGAAGGAGAAGGGCGCAGCUGCCGGGAAGCCUUUGAAAGAGAAGACCACGAAAGCUGAACGGCGGGCAAUGCAAGAAGCACAGCGUGCUGCCAAGGCUGCUACGAAAGGUGAAGGAAGCAAGAGUGCUGGGGUCAAUUCGGCUAAUGUAGGGAAGUCUGUAAAGCCAACUCCACAAAAAAAAGACAACUCUUCAGUUGCAGCUUCUGAGAAAAAAAGUGGUGACCGUCAAGCAGAUAAAGAUAGGAAGAAAGAUGUCCCUCAUCCACGGAUGCAGUUUGAUGACGAAAACAGAGUUGAGAAGGCAAAGAAGCGGUCUGUAGUAAAACAAGCAGAAGCCCGGAACAGAGUUGAACUCUUUAGGCAUCUACCUCAGUAUGAACAUGGAGCAAGGCUCACUGACCUGGAAUCAAAGUUCUUCCAAUUAGGUCCCGUUCACCCUGCUGUCUACAAGGUUGGUUUCCGAUUCCUAGCCGGGGAUAUUUCUGGUGGGAAUGCCCGGUGCAUUGCAAUGCUGCAAGCAUUCCAAGAAUCAAUCAAGGAUUACUCUACACCGCCUGAAAAAACCCUUAUCAGGGACUUGACUUCUAAAAUAAACUGUUAUGUUUCUUUUCUGAUAGAAUGUAGGCCCCUUUCAAUCAGCAUGGGCAAUGCAAUUAGGUUUCUUAAGAGACGAAUAACAAGCUUGCCCUUAAGCCUCUCUGAAUCAGAAGCAAUCACCAGUCUUCUCUCUGAUAUUGAUCGUUUUAUAAAUGAGAAGAUAAUUCUAGCAGAUAAGGUUAUCGUGAAGCAUGCUGUAACUAAAAUUAGAGAUGGUGAUGUUCUUCUGACAUACGCAUCGUCUUCUGCUGUUGAAAUGCUACUAUUACAUGCCCAUGAGCUUGGGAAACAAUUUCGAGUGGUGAUAGUUGAUUCACGUCCCAAGCUUGAAGGAAAAAUGCUGCUUCGCAGGCUUGUGGGGAAAGGAAUUAGUUGUACAUACACUCAUAUAAAUGCUGUUUCUUAUAUCAUGCAUGAAGUAACAAGAGUUUUUCUGGGUGCAAGUUCGGUGUUGGCAAAUGGAACUGUUUACUCAAGAGUUGGCACAGCAUGUGUUGCUAUGGUUGCCCAUCAGUUCCGUGUCCCAGUUCUGAUAUGUUGUGAAGCAUACAAGUUUCACGAGAGGGUUCAACUUGAUUCUAUUUGCUGUAAUGAACUUGGUGAUGCUGAAAUGGUUUCAAAGGUUUCAGGUAGGGAGGAUAUCGAUUCUUUAGAUGGUUGGACUAGCAGCGAGAACCUACAACCCUUGAACCUGCUUUAUGAUGCAACACCUUCUGAUUAUGUAUCAAUGAUCAUAACAGACUAUGGCAUGGUAAGUUGGAAGAAAGUUAUUUCAUACUGCUGCAACUGGAACAGAUUUCAUUUUUUAAGUAGUGCUGAGACUGCAUAUAAAACAGUGUUGAAGAUAUAAAUUUUCCAUUAUAGUUCACUAGAAAAUUGCUCAAGUGGGCAAGUGUCAAUGAAUUGCCUAGAGUUGCAUAAUUACAUCCGCUCUUUAUUUUCACAAAAUAAUUCUGUUGGAGAAUGCAUGCAAGUGCUUAGUCUGGAGUUUCCAGAUGCACACAAAGGAGUUGGUUCAUUGAUAUGACUAUUUCAUGUGAUUUUUCCAUGACAUUGAUUGUGUCCAACUCUGUUUGCUUAGCAUGCUUAUUGUAUGUUUGUUUUGUUCGUAUUUGAGUGGCAUUUGAUGCAACUCUGCUGACUGACGUAUGUUAUGUGUUUUAGAUACCACCUACAAGUGUACCGGUUAUCGUCCGAGAAUAUGGCAGAGAGUAUUUGUUGAUAUAGAGCUAUACUUGUGGGUAUAGAGGAAUCCAAGUCAUGUUGCACUAGAAUCUGGACAGCCGAUGAAAAGCCCAUGUUGAACCUCCUGUUCUUAUCACUCACUAUGACUUAGUUAUCCCCACAUUGGAAUAAAGUUAUACAUUUUUACCCAUUCAAUCUGCUUUCAGUUUUUGAUCUGACCCUGACUGUGAAGAGCGCGAAUAUUCCGCCUCUCCGGGCAGUUUUUAGAAGUUGCAGAUGGUGAACUGGUUAUGAUUGUUUCGUCUAGGAAUGCUUGCUUGUUCUUGUGGAUUAUAGAGUGUUGAGUUCGUUGGUGAUAAUUCAUUUUUGGGAGUUUUAUAACA